AUGCCCGCUCGAGAAUAUAACUAUGUAGAAGGUUUUGGUGGGUACGGCUCGUUGGACGAUGAUGAUUCAGAUAGAGAUUCUGAACGCAGGAAUCACGAUCUAGGGCAGCGAACUAUAACCACAAGUCCAACAGGAGUAUCAAGACAUGCUGCAUUAAAUAGGUACAUGAUCCCAGGCCGUAUCAAUCCUCUUUUCAGACCGACAGACGCUGCUCAACCUCCCAUAGUGUCUACAUCCACAUCAGCAUCGGCAACAGAACCGACCAACAGAAUAGGCCCUGGAAGGAUAAAAGAAACCCCUGAAACAAAUUUCAAUGCAUUUCUUAUAGCACAACUAACCAGAAUGGAGGAGCAAAAUGCCAAUCUGAAGGAAGAAAUCAGCCUAAUGAAAAAGGAACAAGAACUCUUCUUUCUAGAGAAUCAAAAGAAGUUGGAGAAAGGAUUUAAAGACAUCAAUAAGUAUGUUGAAGAUGUUUCCGCAAUGAAAGAAGUCUUCAAAGAGGUAGUUGGUAUUAUGACUGGGGAGAGAAUAAGAUUUAUAGACCAUACUGGGGAAAAUGUUACUCCUCAGGAAGCUGCUCGUGUUGGAAAUCCAUCAACAAGUACGCAAGCUCAUCAAAGUCAGUCAAGAUCAACAAACUGGCAAGAAUAUAGUAUGCACGCAAGCAUAUUAGCCGGCGAUCCUCGUAUCAAGCCUGAGCCAGGGCUGUCAGACUUUGAAAAUGGGGAAUACGAUGGUAAUGAAAGUGAUGAGAACGCUACCACCAGGAACCUACCUUUAAAUAACCCCGAUUCUGUUAGCAAUGCUGAUGACAGUAAUAACCAACUCGAUGGAACAGGAAACGAGAAUGAUAUCAGAAACAGAAGAGGGUGCGUUGGAACGUCAUAUAAACUAAAUCGUGCAAUCCAGAACGUUACAGAUGCGGCCCGUGAAUACUUUGAAGGCUUACCGGGCCAACCGUCAGUUCUUUCCCUUGAGAGGAGAUAUGGGUCCACUUGGAGGCGAUCUGCCAAAGAAAGGACUUUGUUCACUAAAAGAAUGACCAUCAUAAAAAGAAUAAUAGAUAUAAAAGAUGAUCCAAGCAAAUAUGGUUUGUCGCUACCUGAGAAUAAAAUAAGUAGAAACCAAGCCAUCAAGGUUGUCGAAAAUAUAAGAUUGGGAAACAAUACCUUCAAAGGACAUCAUUGCCGAUUAUCAAUGUCCCAGUUAUACGAAUACUUCUCCAAAAAAAUGGACAAACUCGAAGACUAUUCACUUACUCUAAAGAGAAGAGGGAAGCCAAGAAGAAUUUUCUUGUUAGAAGAGAGAGAAGCUAGAUUAUCAUUACAGCAGCCACAUAGUAUACCAAAUUCCAGUACAGGCACACCAGAACAUGAUCAAGACACUUAG